GUUUAAAGAAGCUCUCUGCUGAGCAUUGAUCCUCUAUCCUUGUAUUCAACAUAGGACUUGCAUUAUGGCUGUAAUGAUACAGCUCUUGAGCUUAUGCUUACUGGUUCUGCUUGUGGAGGGAAGCACACAAACUAACACUACAACUACACCAGAUACAAGCACACAAAUUACCACUACAACUACAUCAGAGGGAAGCACACAAACUAACACUACAACUACACCAGAUGUAAGCACACAAAUUACCACUACAACUACAUCAGAGGGAAGCACACAAACUAACACUACAACUACACCAGAUGUAAGCACACAAAUUACCACUACAACUACAUCAGAGGGAACCACACAAACUACCACUACAACUGCACCAGGUCCCUGUUCCUCGAACCCUUGUCCUUUUGACAGCAACUGUCAAGAACUCCUGACUAAUUACACAUGUGUGUGUCGACCGGGACUGUUCUACGAUGCAAAGCUGAGAUCCUGUAACCUAGCAAAGACUUUCCCAAGUGAUAUAAGAUUUACAAAAAUGGACUAUAAUUCAAAUAUGGCAGACAAGAACUCAGAAAUAUUCCAACAGAAAGCAAAUGAUAUCCUUAAAGAGAUUAACACUGUUUUGACUAAUACUGAUGGUUAUCUUGGAUCCGUGGUGAAGAGUCUAUCAAAAGGCAGUGUAAUAGCAGAUGUAGAGAAUUUCUACAGUCCUUUGUCAAAAGUUGAUGAAGUUACUGUACAGACGGAAUUACGUAACCUGCCAGAAACAGAAGUCAAAAUGAAGGAUAUAUGCUCUACUGGAUUCUGUGAAGAGACAAGCACAGAUUGUGAUUCCAAGACUGGUCUAGCUGAAUGCAGUUGCAAGAAUGGAUACAUAAAGUUGACAGCAACACAACAGGCUUGCUUUCCCUGUCCCAGUGGUGAGAAAGCAGUGGGUUCUGAGAAAUGUGAACAAUGUCCUUUUGGAUACUCUGGUUUCAACUGUAAAGAAUCGUACCUCUUAAUUCUAGUUGUGGUCGCCUGUGUUUUGGGCAUACUUCUUCUCGGCACUCUCAUAGGUGCUAUAGUCUUGUACUUGAGGUCAACAAAAGAGACCAAAUCUCCAGGAAAAAAUUCCCCAAAUGGCAAUCUUGAGUUCAAUAAGCCUGCAGGAAUUCCCAGGAUCCCACGGGCUAACCCUAAUGGUGGCUGGCAACCGACUAAUCUGGAGAUGGCAGACAGUGGAAGCAGAAACGCCCUGGUGACCAAGGACACAGAUAACACAAGGAUGUGGGAUUAUGCAUACAUUGAUGAUGCAAGGAGCCAGAAGAGCCAGACAUCCUUUAGAACAGGAUAUGGAGCCUCAGGAGCGAAUAACGGGCCCAAGGCCAACAGGAACCCCUACUAUGAUGCAUAUGAGGACAAAAUGCGCCGAUACUAAUUUUACACACACAAAAAAAGACUCCAUUUAUUGAUUUCUUCAGCAGAAAUGGUUUGUCUUAUAACAAGGUUGGCUCUAUAGAAUGAUGCUAUUAAAAAACAUCUGUACAAAUAGGAAAAAAUAUUUUAAGUAUUAAGCCUUAACAUUUGAAUUUUUAACAUUAGAAAGAAAGUCUUUUAUUGAACUGUAUGCUGGACAAAAACGAAUGAACAUUUCAAUCAGAGUAGGUGUGUGUGUGUGUGUGUGUGUGUGUGUGUGUGUGUGUGUGUGUGUGUGUGUGUGUGUGUGUGUGU